UCUCUGCUGCUCUGUCACCUCGCUAUCAUGGCUCCAAAGAAAGUGGAACCAAAGAAGACAGAUGUGAAGAAGGUGGAGGCAAAGAAAGAGGAGGUGCCACCUCCUGCUGCUGCUGCUAAACCAGCAGAAACCAGUGCUGACAGAGUCCCCGAGGUGGACCUGAAGAACAUUGUGGUGGAGUUCACUGCUGACCAGAUCGAGGAGUUCCGUGAUGCCUUCACCCUGUUCGAUGAGACACCAGCAGGCGAGAUGAAGAUCAGGUACGCACAGUGUGGUGAUGUGAUGCGGGCACUUGGCCAUAAUCCCACCAAUGAGGAGGUGCUGAAGGUUCUGGGCCGGCCCAAACCGGAGGAGAUGAACGCCAAGCUGCUGGACUUUGAUGGCUUCCUGCCCAUGCUGCAGCAUGUGGCACGCUCCAAGGAGCAGGGCAACUUCGAGGACUUUGUGGAAGGACUACGCGUGUUUGACAAGGAGGGCAAUGGAACGGUGAUGGGGGCGGAGCUGCGCCAUGUCCUCGCCACACUGGGCGAGAAGAUGACAGAGGAUGAGGUGGACCGGCUGAUGGCUGGUCAGGAGGACGCCAACGGCCACAUCAACUACACCGAGUUUGUCAAACACAUCCUGGCCGGGUAGAAGCUUCUUCUUCUCUCUGAUGGACUGAGUCCUCCAGAUUCUGUGUCUCAUGUCUGUCCUGUAUGAAACCAUAAACCUGUAAUAAAACGGGUCCAGAUUUUUUU